GGGACGGUUCUGCGUCCUCUCCGUUUGUGGGAACUGACGCUGGCUGCCGCGACCGCUGAGGACGGGGGGCUGGGCAUAGGGGGCUGGAGAAAAGCUGCGGAGUCGGGCGGCCCGCUGAGCGUCAUGGAGUGUUCUGGAGAACAGUCGGGCCCGGAGCCACAGCUUCCCGGGGACCACCGCAUCCGCGACGGAGACUUCGUGGUGCUGAAACGGGAAGAUGUAUUCAAAGCAGUGCAAGUUCAGAGGAGAAAAAAAGUAACUUUUGAAAAACAGUGGUUCUAUCUGGAUAACGUCAUUGGCCAUAGUUAUGGAACCACAUUUGAAGUGACCAGUGGAGGAAGUCUUCAGCCUACGAAGAAGAAGGAAGAGCCUGCUUCAGAGACCAAAGAAGCGGGCACUGAUAAUCGAAAUAUAGUUGAUGAUGGGAAAUCUCAGAAACUUACUCAAGAUGACAUAAAAGCUUUAAAGGACAAGGGCAUUAAAGGAGAGGAAAUAGUUCAGCAAUUAAUUGAAAAUAGUACAACAUUCCGAGACAAGACAGAAUUUGCUCAAGAUAAAUAUAUAAAAAAGAAGAAAAAGAAAUAUGAAGCCAUCAUUACUAUUGUGAAGCCAUCCACCCGCAUUCUUUCAAUUAUGUAUUAUGCCAGAGAACCUGGAAAAAUUAACCACAUGAGAUAUGAUACACUAGCUCAGAUGUUGACAUUGGGAAAUAUUCAUGCUGGCAAUAAAAUGAUUGUAAUGGAAACGUGUGCAGGCUUAGUACUGGGUGCAAUGAUGGAACGAAUGGGAGGUUUUGGUUCCAUUAUUCAGCUGUAUCCUGGAGGUGGACCAGUUCGGGCAGCAACGACGUGUUUUGGAUUUCCCAAAUCUUUCUUCAGUAGUCUGUAUGAAUUCCCCCUCAACAAAGUGGACAGCCUCCUAAAUGGAACAUUCUCUGCCGAGAUGUUAUCUUCAGAGCCAAAAGACAGUGCUUCGGUUGAAGAAAGUAAUGAAGCACUGGAGGAAAAACAGACUCCCGAACAGGAGAACGAAGACAGCAUGGCAGAGGCCCCAGAGAACAACCACCCCAAAGAAGAGGAAACAGUGGAAAUUAUCUCUCCAGAUCCAGAGUAUAAGGAGCCUAAACAGAAAGGAAGCAAAAGGGAUUAUAAUCAGGAAAAGCAGAGGAGACAAGAGGAGCAGAGGAAAAGACAUUUAGAGGCUGCUGCUCUGCUGAGUGAAAGGAACGCAGAUGGUUUAAUUGUAGCUAGUCGUUUCCACCCCACUCCACUGCUGCUGUCUUUGCUGGAUUUCGUGGCCCCUUCAAGGCCGUUCGUGGUCUACUGUCAGUAUAAAGAGCCUCUGUUGGAAUGCUACACAAAACUACGAGAAAGAGGAGGGGUCAUCAACCUCAGGCUGUCUGAAACCUGGCUCAGAAAUUACCAGGUUUUGCCAGAUCGAAGUCAUCCCAAACUACUGAUGAGUGGAGGUGGGGGUUACCUUCUCUCAGGCUUCACUGUUGCCAUGGAAAACCUUAAAGCAGACCCCAGUCUCAAAUCCAACUCAAGCACUUUAGAAUCACACAAGAAUGAAGAGCCAGCAGCUAAAAAACGGAAAUGCCCAGAGUCUGACUCUUAACCUUUGAUGAGUUGCUUUGAUUUUUGUUCUCAGGCAUUAUACAGUUAGUAAUUAAAUUUAAAAGUCAUUACUAAUUGGUUUUUCAUAUUCCAACAUAAGAUCAUGUCUAUACAACUGUUCCUGGGAAAAAUAAGUAUGUCUUUUGUUCACCACCAACACUGAUGGGGUUUGGUUUGUCAAAACCUUGAGCCAAAAUACCCACGCCUGGAGUAUACUGUGGACUGAGAUAUGGCCAAUUCUGUUUAUUUUACAACAGUGCUCCAGGAACUUUCAGUACUCUGUGCAGAUGUCUAGAAUUUAGACAUCUUAAAAAUCUAUUUAUAUAAGACUGUUUAUGUGUUAAGCUAAGUGGGAUAACACAACAUAGCUAAAACUUGAUGGGUACUUAAGGAAUUUGUGGAAGAAAUUUCCUUGUUCAUUCUACUCUCUGUAACCUAAGCAAUACGGAUGUGUGAGUGUUAGAUUUACAGUACCAAAAAAUGUCCACCCCCUUCCCUACAGUGGAAUAAACUAUUUGAAAUUCCAGAUUUUCUUAUUUUAAUAGUUGAUGACCUAGUAAAAUCAAAUAUUUAUUUUAUUGCUUUCUGUUGUUGAUAGGUGUAGUACAGUACUUUUUUUUGCAUUAAUUUACCAAUCUUCUAAGAAUGAAUGAGGAGAUUGGUCAAUUAAAUAAAGUGACUAGAAUUUCGGUGUAUGUUCAAUUAAAGGAAACAAAUGGUUUUUUCUCUCUCCACAGACUUACGGAGAUAGAUGUAUACACAUAUAUAUGCACAGUAAGUCCUCAUUUAACAUUGUCUAUAGAUUCUGUAGCAGAUCUUUAAGCAAAAAGAUAUAUAUCGAAACCAAUUUUACCAUAGGCUAGUACGUACAAACAAGAGUUAAGUUCUUAUGGCAUUUCAUAAGUGUUAUAAUGAAUGAUAGUGAAUGAAUUGAUGUUAUUUGAGGAUUUGCUGUAUAUGGAUAUUGGUACAUAAACAUACAUAUAUAUAUUUGUAUACACACACACACACACACACACACACACACACACGGAGACAGAAUGCACUAUCUCUAUGAACUGUGACAAAGUUUAGUGCAGGGCUUAGACCAGUUAUUGCAUUAGUGUCACUCCUUGUCAAAUGUAUUUUAAAGUGCCUUUUUUGGUAAUUAUUAAUGCUGGUUUUUUGACCUCUGGCAUGAUUAGGUGGUUAAUCUUUCUAAGCUCCGAAAAAAUAUAAUCAAAUUAUUUGGUCACCUGCUGCAGCCAGGAAAAGUGUUCAAAGUAAGUCAAGACUCUUGUCCAUGAGUCUUGCUGUCUAAACACGCUCAUCUGGUGUAUUGUUCACAUCAUUAUGAUACAGAAGCAGAUCUUCCAGUGAGGAGCAUCUCAGAAAAAAAAAAUUGCUUCUUCCUACUAGCAUGUACUAUUCUGAUAAUGGCCAAUGUGAUUACCAAGUACAGUUUUGAUUCUUUUUUCUUAAAACAAUUGCUUUUAAAGAAUAAAAGUGUUUC